UCUAUCCACUUCAAACUCAUUUCCAUGAUCCUAUCCACGACGCCGACUCCUUAGUCGCGUCUGGCUCACCUUCCCAUCAUCCCAGCUUCUUCUGCAUCGUCUAAUGGUUCCUCCUCUCUGAAGACUUUCGUACUAAAUACCAAAAGGGAGCCAGAAAAGGAGCUUCGGGACUUCAAUACAGAUUCAAGAGCUCUCUAUAAGCGUCUAGAUUGACGAUGUUUCUUCUUCAACCUUCUACUCGCCCUUGUAAUUUGAAAUCCAAAUUUCUGGGUGAGGUGAGUGCCACCCAAGUUGGUAGGGUUCCUGUCACUCAUGUUGGAUUUUUGAGGAAGACUGUGGAAUGCAAAGAAUCAAGAAUAGGUAAGAAGCCAAUUGAAGUACCACCCAAUGUAGCAAUCACACUGGAAGGCCAAGACCUGAAAGUUAAGGGUCCUUUGGGUGAGCUUUCAAGGACUUACCCACGUGAGGUGAAGCUUGUGAGAGAGGAAUCCGGAAAUCUAAGGGUCAUCAAGGCAGUGGAAACAAGAAGAGCCAAUCAAAUGCAUGGGCUUUUCAGGACUCUUACAGACAACAUGGUGGUUGGUGUCUCCAAAGGAUUUGAAAAGAGACUUCAAUUGGUUGGAGUUGGAUAUCGUGCAACACUAGAAGGCAAAGACUUGGUAUUAAAUCUUGGGUUUUCUCACCCAGUUAGGAUGACCAUCCCUGAUGGUUUGAAAGUAAAGGUGGAAGACAACACUAGAAUUGCCGUUAGUGGAUAUGAUAAGUGCUCCAUCGGUGAAUUUGCUGCUUCAAUUAGGAAGUGGAGACCACCAGAACCAUAUAAAGGGAAAGGUGUGAAAUAUGCAGAUGAGAUUGUAAGAAGAAAGGAGGGGAAAGCUGGUAAAAAGAAGUAAAAUGGCAAUCUCCAUGUUUUCCCUCCCAUCCUUAUUUGUUUAUCUUCUUUUCUUAUUUUUGAGCCACAUGUAUUGAUUGUACCUGCAUCCUUGUUGAAGCAGAAAACUUAUGAACAGGUGACUUGUUCCCCUUCUUUUUACAAGCACGUCUAAGAGCAAUUUGCUAGCAUCAGAGACCAUGCCUAUCAUGGAGGCUCAAACUACAACAUGGAUUUUUGUGAAAAUACAAGGGUACACACUUUGUUCUUUUGAUUUAA